AUGGAUCGCAUUUCUGAGUUCGUUGACUACCUGCAGGUGUGCAAUGAGUUCGGACAGACCAUAUAUGGCCACCUUGCCCAGAUCAUUGCAAAACUACUGGAUGACCAUCCUGAAGACGCCGCAGCAGCCAUUGCCUCUAUUUCCAGGGAAAUCAAGGCGUCUGUUGGUUGCUAUGAUAACGAGACGGCUGGAAAAACCUAUGAACCAGUCCUUUCUGAUGAUGAUUUUGCACGAUUGGAGGAGGUUCUCAAGUCAGCUCUGUCGACAGAUCAUGCUGUCUCUGUCCUUAAGCCGUGCAAAACAAUCGUUCCCAAUAUCCUUCGCCUCAAUGAGCAGCUUAAGUUAGUUGGGCAGGGAUUUGACGACGUUACCGCAUCUAUCUUACAAAAGAGGAUUUCUCAAUUUGAGGUAGAGCGGCGGGGCUACUUUUCUGUUAUCUCCUUCUUCGGCCGGUUUACCACAACAUCUGGACACUACUAUGUCCUGGAGUGCCUCCCUUUCAAGCCGCGCAAGAAGAUGUUCCGCUUUCAGGGGCCGGGACCUGCCUCAGUCAAUUCGGAUAUUUUAGAUCUAAACAAAGAUCUAGAUACAGCACCUACAGCAGAAACGAUAGCUCCUCCACCAUCUGCACUUGCCAAAGAUGGAAAGCCUGCUAAUUACACCUACCUCACAGAUAGAAAGAUUAAGAAGCUUACUGACGAGGAAAAGCUCUAUCUGGACCCAGAUGACCUAGAAUUUGAUCUGAGAACGAUAGCUCCUAAGCCUCGGCGCCUCUAUCCACACGUUGAGCCUGCUGGCGAUGGGGUGCACCCAGAGGGGGCCAACCGCUUCGUGUAUUUUGUCACGGCAGACUUGCUCGUUGCCGAUGUGAACCAGGUUGUCAAGUGGGUCCGUUUGCCGGACUUGGAGGCCCGUCAACUAAAGCUGUCGCGGUUCAUUAAUGUUCGCCUCUCAGGGAAUUUAUCCAGGCGUAUCUAUGACAGAAUUCCUCCCUUUCCAGGAUGUGAGGCUCACUAUCUGCGGUGCAUUAUCACGCGCAUCAAGCAUGGUGCAGAGCUAGCUCCUGCUGCAUGCUUAGUGCCAGGCCCUGAGCCUGAAGAGACAGAGGAAGAUAUAACGGAAGAGGAACAAGCGAGGCAGAAGGCCCUAUUAUUUGCAGAUCCUACUGUAGUUGCAGACUUUUCCAAGGAUUCAUGUGAGCCAGACGAGCCAGUAGACUCUAAGAUGGCUGGGAAAAGCAUUCUUCCAUGGCCCGAGCGCAAUAGAGAGAUAGCUAACGUUGAAUUUGUUGAGCUAUUAGAGCUGGCAAACUGGGUGCAUGCAUGUCCGAUCCUGUCGCACAGAGGAAAGGUUCUUCCGUGGACUUAUCCAGAGGACGAAGAGGAACCUGAAGAAGAGGCGGAGGAAGAAGAGCCCGAAGAGGAAGAAAAGGAAGAACCUGAGGAUGAACCUCCAGUUGAGGAGAAGGUUGAAGAGGAGGAGGAUGCCAAUGGCGAAGAAAAGGGUGAAGAUGGCGAAGAUAAAGACGAAGGAGAAGAAGAGCCAGAAGAAGAGGAACCAGAGGAGCCCCUUCCUCCUCCUAAAAAGCCUGUACAGGAGCGGCUUGAUGCUGCAUACGCCGAGUCUGAUCAGCUCCGCAUAUUAACUGAGGCUAUCGAUACUUAUAAGCAGAUUGCCCGGCAAAAGUGCCGCUUUACGGUCCCCCGAGCGUUCUGGGAGGCGGUUCGAGAUCCAUGGGACCCUGUGUUCAAGGAGAACCGCUCUGUUUACCAGACCAGCAGGUACUUUGGACUUGAGAUUGCCCCCGUUGACAUUAACUGUAAAGAGCAGGAGCUUGAUGACAAGGAGCGCGAAUAUUGGGAUAAGGAACAGGAGAUAGAGGACACUCUGAAGGAGCAGGAUGAGCAGCUUUUGGAGGGCGAUUACUAUGAUGAAGAAAAGGAAGUCCUCCAAAAGGACAGACCAGAGAUGCUCUCUCCUGCAGAUACAGAUGCUCCACUUGUCCUUCAUGCAGGGCCAAUGGGCUCUGUCGAUGUCAACGCAGAGGAGGUCGAUGGGCAGAAGGUCGUCCCUGCGUAUACCGUCAUCUUCAACAAGACCCUGAACCGCCACUCUCCCGUCGUCGUCCGCAGCAACCGUUGGCCAGGAAUGCUCAAUGUCUGCUUCAACCACAGCAACGGCGACCCCCUGGUCUAUACCUCUAUUUACAUAGGCGAUGGUCGACAGACAGAGAGUAUCAAUGCCCUUGACAAGUAUCGCGCGGUGGUGCCUGCCCCAAUGCAACUCCCUCCUGCAGACAUAUUAGAGGAAGACGACCCCGUCUUGGAGAUAGAAACUGAGUGUCGUGAGCGGGUGGAGGACAUUGAGCGUCGUGAUAAGGACGAGCUUGACAGGCUUAUUAGAGAACGUCUAGAAAGGAAGGAGGCCCGCUUGGCCGAAAAACGCGCAAGGGAAGAGGAACGUGCCCGAGAGCUUGCUGCACAGGAGGAGCAAGAGGAAGCCGAAGAAGAGGAGGAGCCCUAG